AUGCUGGGAGAAGAGCAGACGCACCGAGCGCAUCGGCCGUCGAAGGAAAAGAAGGCCAAGGACAAGAGUCAGCCGAAUCCCAAGGCAUUCGCAUUCGCAGCUCCCGGACGACUGGCAAAGCAGGCGGCGAGAAGUCACGAUGUCAAGGAAAAGCGAUUGCACGUUCCGCUCGUGGACAGGUUGCCAGAAGAGGCGCCUCCACUUGUCGUAGGUGUUGUUGGACCUCCUGGUGUAGGCAAAACGACAUUGAUCAAGAGUUUGGUGCGGCGAUACACAAAGCAGGCAGUUUCACAGCCCACUGGACCCAUCACCGUUGUCACGAGCAAGAAGAGGCGCCUGACAUUUGUCGAGGGACCGAGCGACAGUCUGGCUGCUGCAAUCGACAUGGCGAAAGUGGUCGACAUUGUGCUGCUCAUGAUCGAUGGCAACUAUGGCUUCGAAAUGGAGACGAUGGAGUUUCUGUCAGUCUUGAGCAGCACGGGUAUGCCGGGUAAUGUGUUCGGCAUCCUCACACAUCUGGACUUGUUCAGGAAGCAGGACACCCUCAAGGCGCAGAAGAAGAGGCUGAAGCAUCGUUUCUGGUCGGAGCUGUACCAGGGUGCCAAGCUGUUCUACCUCUCCGGUGUCAUCAACGGCAGAUAUCCCGAUCGCGAAGUCCUGAACUUGUCCCGCUUUCUCAGCGUUAUGAAGAACCCACGGCCCUUGGUAUGGCGAAACUCUCGCCCUUAUGCGCUGGCAGACCGAAUGCUGGACAUCACGCCUCCGACCUUGAUCGAAGAAGAUUCACAGUGUGACCGCACUAUAGCGCUUUACGGAUAUCUUCGAGGCACCAACUUCCCUUCCAACGAUGUGCGCGUCCACGUUCCAGGUGUUGGAGAUUUGAAUGUUGAUCGAGUGGAAUCAUUGCCAGAUCCUUGCCCGACACCACAUUUCCAGCAACUACGCGAAAAGCAGGAUCCAAGCACGAAGAAGAGGAGGCGACUUGGCGACAAGCAAAAGAUGAUAUACGCGCCCAUGAGCGAUGUUGGAGGCGUGUUGAUGGACAAGGAUGCUGUGUAUAUUGAUGUAAAGAGCAACACGUUCGAUGCGGAGGAAGAUGACGCGGAGAGAGGUCUUGGAGAACAGAUGGUUGUCGGAUUGCAAGGUGAACGCAGGCUCCUUGGGGAGGACGAUCAGGGCAUUGCACUAUUCGAUCGUGGCGAGCGGCUGCGACAGCUUGAUGACGAAGAGGACGUGCAGGACACUGGCCGCAAGACUGCACGGAAGCCAACUAUUGCUCACCGCGAAGGCGACGAAGAUGAUCUAGAAGAUGAAGGGCUCGAAAGUGGCGACACUGAUGACGAAGCUGACCUUGAGGAAUUACAGCAGGCGUCGACGAAGCUGUCGAAGUCUAAGAAGGACAAGGACAAGGAAGUCGAAGGAGACAUCGCAUUUGCAGAUUCUGACAGCGACCUCGGAUCUUUAUCCUCAGUCUCUGAUCAAGAGUUGGAAAACGAUCCCGAUGCAGAGAACGAGGAUGAAGACGAGGAUAACGAGGAUAACGAGGAUGAUGAGGAUGAUGAUGACGAGGCUGCUCCGCGAUGGAAAAGCAAUCUGGCAGAGCGUGCUCAGCACUUGCAUGGUCGCCAACAGCCGUAUCGAGUUGCAGAGCUGGCGAGGAUGAUGUACGACGACAUGUUAUCCACAGCUGAAGUAGUGAAGAAGUGGCGUGGUGAGGAAGCGGAUGGCAGCGAUGCAGACGAUGAAGAGGAGCAGGAAGACGUCUUCUUUAAGCGCCGACACCACGGCAAUACAGACACCGACGACGACCGCAUGAUACCUCGGUACGACUACGAAGAGCUGGAGCAAAAGUGGACCGACGAAGACAACAUCGAAGCUAUGAGGAAGCGAUUUGCGAAGACCAGAGCGACUGGCGCGAAUGCCGAUGAACUCGGCGAGGGAGAAGACGACGAGUUUGAAGGUAUCGACGAAGAUGACGAUGAAGGCGAUGGUGCCUUCGAGGAUCUGGAAACAGGCGAAAGUCAUGUCGCUGAGCAGUCACUUGAAGACGAGCGAGAGAAGAACGCCAGAAAGAAGGAAGAGCUCAAAUCAAGAUUCGAAGAAGAAGACAGGGAAGGCUUUCUCAAUCCCAAAAACACCAAUCGAGAAGCGGACGGGAAAGCUGAGGAGCAAGAAUUUGGAGAGGAUGAAUGGUACGAUCAGCAAAAGGCUGCUCUCCAAAAACAGCAAGACAUAAAUCGACAAGAGUUCGAAAGUCUGGACGAAGCAUCGCGAGUGCGUGCGGAAGGAUAUCGAGCUGGAACAUAUGCUCGCCUUAUCUUGUCGUCAGUACCAUACGAAUUUGCGGAGAACUUUGAUGCUCGAUAUCCGCUACUCAUAGGUGGUCUGCAGCCAACAGAGGAGCGCAUGGGCUUUGUUCAAGUCCGCAUCAAGCGGCAUAGGUGGCACAAGAAGAUCUUGAAGACCAAUGACCCGCUCAUCUUCUCGUUGGGUUGGCGGAGAUUCCAAACAACGCCAGUCUAUAGCAUCCACGAAAACCGACAACGACACAGAAUGCUCAAGUACACACCGGAGCACAUGCAUUGUCAUGGCACAUUCUACGGACCCCUUGCCGCGCCGAACACUGGCUUUUGCUGCGUACAGAGCUUCUCCAACUCCAACCCUGGUUUCCGUAUCGCAGCCACGGGAGUUGUGGUCAACGUGGACGAGAGUACAGAGAUCGUCAAGAAACUCAAGCUCACUGGGCACCCGUACAAGAUCUUCAAGAACACCGCUUUCAUUAAAGACAUGUUUGCUUCGGCACUGGAGAUUGCCAAAUUCGAAGGCGCCAGUAUCAAGACCGUGUCCGGGAUUCGAGGUCAGAUCAAGAAAGCGUUGUCAAAGCCAGAAGGCUGCUUCAGAGCAACCUUCGAGGACAAGAUUUUGAUGAGCGACAUCGUUUUCCUCCGAGCUUGGUACCCGGUCCGGCCGCACCGCUUCUACUAUCCGGUCACCAACCUUCUCCAGGGCGCUGGCUCAAAUGCAUGGGAAGGCAUGCGCCUGACAGGCCAAGUUCGCGCUGCACAGAACAUACCCACGCCACAGUUGAAGAAUAGUAAAUACGGCAAGGUCGAGCGUCAAGAACGACGCUUCAAUCCGUUGCGUGUGCCGAAGAAGCUACAAGCGGACUUGCCGUUCAAGUCACAAAUCACACAAAUGAAGCCGCAGAAGAAGGAGACAUAUACCCAGAAGCGUGCGGUGGUGUUGGGCGGCGAGGAGAAGGAGGCAAGGAGACUGAUGCAACAGGUGAUGACGUUGCGAAAGGAGAAGGUGGAAAAGAGGAGAGCUAAGCAGGAAGAAAGAAGACAGCCGCAUAGAGCGAAGGUGGCAGAGAAUGAGUCUAUGCGGAAGGAGAGGGAGAAGAGGGAGCGAGAUGAGUUUUGGCGCAGAGAGGGUAAGAAGCGGAAGGGUUGGUCUGAGGGUGGGGAUGGAGGUGGUGGAGGCGGCGGCGGCAAGUUCAAGAAGAGGAGGAAGGAGUAA